GCGGCGCAGAGAGCUGCUGUGACAGUGGGAAGCACAAUCCGCGUGCAGCCAGCGCGAGGCAAAGACCUACCAACAGGCUGUGAACGAUGAGUGGACACAAAGCGUGCAUGACAGAUGACUGACCGAGCAGCAGUUUGGAACAAAUGACAGAAGAUUACACAUGCUGGGGUUGAAAUGAGACAAUGCCAGCAGCUGAAAAUCAAUCUAAUCUGAUUACAUUUGAUAACUGAAAGAUGCUGUAAAUGGUUUUACCUCCAAUGGAUUCCUAAAGCUGCUCCAAGAGAAUCAUCAUUUUACUGAAGGGAUCUCUUGGUGGAAGUCAGCGAGCGGGGGCCAGGAUGUGGCCCCCUGACCUCGGGCCUCCAGACGUCCAGCUGACUCUUCCUGGUUUUGGAAGUGUGUUUGAAGAUGCCGAGGACCUUCAGGCGCCGCUGUCUUCUGGUGGCUUCUGUCAGUCAUCGAUACAUUCAGGUGGUCUGGGCGUUUGCUGUCUUCCAAGGACUUCCCUGUCCCUGUCCUCGCUGGGCCGAGACCUCACCUCCCUGCUCAGCUGUAAGACAGCUGGAUCCCACAUAGAAAAGACUGUGGAGGACUUUGCCACCACAGCGCACACAGAUCCUAAAAGCAACACCCAGAGGUUCAGUUGUUACCCUCAGCCCUCCCUGCCUUUAUCCUAUAUGCUCACCAACUGUGCCACAUCUCCUCCUUUUGGCUCUCCACCAUCCUCUAUUUCCUCUUCCUCUUCCUCCUCAUCUUUAUUUUUUUCCUCUUCCUUGCCUCUUUCUGAUGCACCCGGGGGCAACAAGACUCCUCAUCAGCAGCGAAAGCUACAGGAAGAGUAUCACUCAAUCAAACAAGAGCCUGCAGAUGAUUUCUCACCCUGUAAGAGGGAACCGUUUCAAAUUAACAACCAGCAGGGGGAGCUGUUCCACGUGGGCCAGCCCCUCCAAGGCCACGACGGUCAGGACAGCCCACGGCUUCAUUUCCCGAGGCUUAACGGACCUGUAGGACAGGACCCCGCAGUGGACCAGCAGGACCAGCCCUGUCAUUGGAUCGACUGUAGUGCCACUUACAGCAGUCAGGAGGAGCUGGUGAGGCACAUCGAGAAGGUACACAUCGACCAGCGCAAAGGGGAAGAGUUCUCCUGCUUCUGGGCCGGCUGCGUGCGACGCCACAAACCCUUCAACGCUCGCUACAAGCUGCUCAUCCACAUGAGGGUCCAUUCUGGAGAAAAACCCAAUAAAUGCAUGUUUGAGGGCUGCACCAAGGCGUUCUCACGUCUGGAGAACCUGAAGAUCCACCUGAGGAGCCACACGGGGGAGAAACCGUACAUCUGCCAGCAUCCCGGCUGCCUCAAGGCCUUCAGCAACUCCAGCGACCGCGCCAAACACCAGCGCACGCACCUGGACACGAAGCCGUACGCCUGUCAGAUCCCAGGAUGCACCAAACGCUACACCGAUCCCAGCUCGCUACGGAAGCACGUCAAAGCUCAUUCGGCCAAAGGCCUUCAGGAGAGGGAGGUCAAGGUCCAAGUGCACACGAUGCUGGAAUCGGACAUUUUGAGCGAUUGCCUGGAGAGGCAACACCUCCACAGCUCUGCCUCUUCCCACCAAGGAAACAGUUCACCUCUACCAGGCUUGGAUGACUUCACAGGCGUGUACUCAAACAGCAGCACCGUCCACAACAGGGGAAAUUCUGAGUUUCUCCCUCCAUCAGCAGACACCUGCGCCAGGUAUCAAAGCUUGGAGGGAAACUUUGACGCCAACAGCCCAAUAUCCUCGCUAACAAGCCCUGGGAGCAUGAGAGAGGGGAACAGACCAACGUCGUUGUUCAGCCCAGCGAGCUCCUCAUCAGACAGAGCGGACCAGCUGCAGGGCUACCAAAAAACCUACAACCAUCAACAAGUAUUCUCACAGCAGCAAGGAUGUGUGUAUGGAGAAGGGAAGGUGGUUCAGCCGGUCAGUGAUGGAGGCUUUGAACCAGCCAGUUACUUCACAAACCCCCCCGCCUCUCACUCUACAGGGUUUGACUUGUUGCAGGACCUGCAGGGCCAGGCGGGGGGCGGUUACUCCAUGUCUCCCUGCUCAGACGACAGCUUCCUCUUCCAGGCGGGAGGCGUCGACCGCUGCCUCAACCAGAUAUAUUCCAUCUACCUAGACUCAUGAUACCAAAAGAAAAGUGGAAUCAGAAUCACUGCUAUGGACAAAAGGCAGCCAAUAUGUGUGGCGGCAGACAAUCACAACAAUAAUAUAAUGUAUAUUCAAUGAGACAAAUAUGCCAGUGGAAGUUUUAAUGGUACAAACCAAAGUGCAAAAUUGCACGAACAUGAACUGCCAAAGAGGAAAUCUGGUCAAAUUAUGAAUGUAAAUAGCAGUGACUUUAUUAUUCAGAGAUGACCACAGCAUUUGUGAUCUGGAUAGAAUGAGCUAUGAGCUAGUUUGAGCUAUUUGGAAAGUCAUGUAACUGGUUCUCUGGCUCUGCCACGGAUGUUAAACUCAACCAGUGAGUGUAAUUCUUCAUCCACAGCAGCUUCGCCUACAGGAAAUGUUAAAACAAUAUCUGUCAGAGUGGGAUCUUAUGAUGUAGUGGUUCCCAACAUGGACAUGAAAUACGGGCUCAAAAGAUGAUUAAGAAGAUACCAAAGACCAAAACAACACAGUUUUACGUCACACAAUCUAUACAUUUCUGUUUGUUUUUUCUCUUAAUUGUUGCUUUUUUUGUGUGAAAUACCAGAUAGUUUUUUUCUUCCUUGGGCAAGUAGCAUUAUUCUAAGGUGUCACAAGCCAAAAAGGGUUGGGAACCAUUCUGUUGUAAUGGAUAACGAGUUGCAUCAAGCAGUCCAAGCAAUAGAGCAGGGAAUAAUUUAACAUUUUUGGAGACGUGCUUAUUGUUUUAAUGCCGAGAGUUAGAUGAGGACUUUGCUCCUACUGAAAAUGUAGCUACUGCCAAGAGACAGUUAGCUUAGCAUACAGGAGGAAACAGCUAGUCUGCUUCUGUCUAAAGGCACCAACCAGUAACUCUAGGCCUCAAUUAACAUGAUAUAUCUCUAAUUUGUACAAAAACUAUGUGUAAAAAUACAGAGGUUGAUGUGUGGGGCUAUUUCUUGAUUACACAACUGUUGAACAACAGCAUAAAAGACAACAUAUAAAAUCAUCCAUAAGGGGAAUAAAGUUUAGUAAAACAGUUACACAAACAAACAGCUAGUAAAAAUACUACCAUAAAAUCUGUCAUUAACAUAACUGAUAUGUACAAACAAACAGGUCUAGUUGCAGAUAAGAAGGCAAGACUAUAAAUAUGUUUCGAGAAAGAUUUAAAAGCUGAGACAGUGCCAGCAGACCGAAUACAAGAACCAAGGCGCCAGUACAGCAAAAGCUCGAUCACCCUUUGACCUUAACAUGGACUCUGGAACAGCAACAAGAUCCAAACCAGCAAGUCUUUUGGGACAGUAAGGAGUUAAAAGUUGACUAAUUUGCCCUGGCAGCCUUAUAAUGCCCUGUAAGUAGUGAAAACAGUUUUAAAAAUGGAUUCUCAAAAGAAAUAUCCAGAACAAAGAGGCUAAAACUGAGGUGUCGUGAGAGGUACGUCUGGUCUGAGCCAUGAGUCUGGCAGCUGGGGCGGUAUCAAUAUUCUCAUCUAACUCUCUGCAUGAAAGCAAAUAAGUCGGUUUACCCGUGUGUCAAACUAUUUCUCGAAGGCUGUUUAUCAGCAGCCAAAUUACAUCGCAACCAAAGUGUCAUUGAGAAACCUCCAACUGCUUGUUAACUACAUUUAUCAGCUGCACACAAGGUAGCUGCAGUAAAACUGGAGCAGUGCUGCCACCAAGGGUCUGACUGACUGUAAAUAAACACAGUCUGUGGCACAGAGCAGGUCGAUGUGGAUGAGUCCUGGGACGAAUAAACUGACACAGAAAACCACACAACUGCACUAAAAUGUAUCGUCAGAGGUGCCAACGGUUAAGUUUCAAUAUGUGUAAUGUAACAACGAUCAAGGCAGUAGCAUAAUCUCUUUUUUUUAUAUUGUUUUCUUUUGUUGCUUCAGCACAGUGCCUUUACAUGUCUGUUGUAUAGUUUCUAUCAGUGUUAUAUUCAGAGAGGGAGGUGUGCAUUGUUUACAGCAAGUUCUCUGCACUCUUUUCUGUCUCUAUCACAGAGACUUUAAGAAAAUGACCAACCAGAAAAUGUUUACACUGAUUUUGUAGCAGUUCAGAGUUUUCUUAUUGUUGUCAUUGAACAGUGUAUAUAGACUGUAUAAAAUGCACCUGUCUUUUAUAUCUAAAUAAAAACAAAAAUCAGUUUUUA